CUGAAUUCGUUCCAGAAAACGGCCUGCCCCGACGACUCCGCACCGCGUACACCAAUACCCAGCUGCUGGAGCUGGAAAAGGAAUUCCAUUUCAAUAAAUAUUUAUGCCGCCCAAGGAGGAUCGAAAUAGCAGCCAGCCUGGACCUUACGGAGCGACAGGUAAAAGUUUGGUUCCAAAACCGCCGCAUGAAGCACAAGAGGCAGACGCUCUCCAAGACGGACGAUGAGGACAACAAGGACAGCCUCAAAGGUGACGAUGAUCAGUCCGAUAGCAACUCCAAUUCGAAGAAAUCGUGUCAAGGCUGCGAACUGCCCUCCGAUGAUAUACCCGAUUCCACGUCCAAUUCCCGGGGACACAACAACAACACCCCGAGCGCCACCAACAACAAUCCGAGUGCUGGAAGCCUAACACCCAACUCGUCCUUGGAAACGGGUAUCUCCUCGAACCUAAUGGGCAGCACCACCGUAUCCGCCUCGAAUGUGAUCAGCGCCGACUCCAGCGUGGCAUCUAGUGUCAGCUUGGACGAGGACAUCGAGGAUAGUAGCCCCAUCAAAGUGAAGAAAAAAGACGACGGACAGAUUAUCAAAAAGGAGGCGGUGUCCACCUCGUCAAAGGCCUCGCCCUUUGGCUACGAGAACACCACACCCAGUCUGGUCAGUUUUCGGCGGGACUCGGACGCCGCCGCCGUCGGAAAUGCACCCGCCAGCAAGGCGGGCGGCAAGAAACGCUUUCAGAGUGCCGCCAAUGCCAUUGCCACGCCUACGCCCCUGACGGACAGCAAUAGUGGUAAUGGAAAUGGGGGUGGUGGUGGCCCAGCUGGCGGCUACUUUCCUGGCUAUUAUGCUAGUCCAAAGCAGCAGCAGCAAAUGCAGCAGCAGCAGCAGCAGCAGCAGCAACUGCACCCGCAACAGCAGCAGCCGCAGGACUAUUACGGCAAAUAUGACAUCGAAUUCGCCGCCUCGCCGCACCACAAUCCGCUUAACAAACAGCAGUCGCUGCACGGCGAAUAUCUAAGUCCCAAACCAAAUGCGGCCAAUUUCCAUCAAAAUAGUCAGCAGCAACAGCAGAACGACCAGUUUUACUACAACUACAACGACACCAACGGUAGUGCGUACUUAAACCACCAGCAGCAACACCACCAACACCAGCAGCACCACCAACAGCAACAACAGCAACACCACCAUGUAGCCGACUUUGAGGCCCCUGUUAACGGUCCCGGCAACUUCAACAAUGGCGCUUACUAUGAUAACAUGAGUUUUCAACAACAGGCCCAGGCUCACCAACACCAAUCGGUGGUCUUUCAACAGCAGCAGCCUCACCAGCAAGCAGCGAUAAAUCACCAACACAUGCAUCACCUGGGCGCCGGGGAAACGUAUAGUGCUCUAGGCCUGCAGAUGGAGAACUGCGAGGGCUACAACAACUUCGGUGCCGCCAGUAGCAGCGGUGGAUACUACGAGGCGGGUCAGCAGCCCCCUGGUCCGGCCACCCACGGCCACCACCCACACCACCAUGUGCAGGUGCCAGCGCAGGCGCAUGCACACAUCCAUGCUCACCACAAUUCUGCGGCGAUAACCGGAGGAGUGGGAGUUGGACCACCGCCAUCGCACAUCCACGGCUUCGCCCUGAAUGGAGGACCGACUGGUCAGGCCCAGGGAUUUGGAAAUAAUGGAAGCACUGCGGCAGGGACGGCAGCGAUCAGCGGGCUGGAGAACUCGAACAGCUCGGACUUCAACUUCCUGAGCAACCUGGCCAACGACUUUGCGCCGGAGUACUACCAACUUAGUUAGUUUAUGUAGGAAGUGAGCCUGGAGCAGGUGUAAAUACGUCUUAGCCUAAUUCGCCGCGGGGCGUGAGUCUUGUAAUUCUAUUCAGUGUCGUAGCCUCUUAAGCACUUUGUCCGUAGCACAUAUCUGUAAAUAAUACAAUUAAGGUUUAAAUCUAAACAGGAGUUCUAUUCCACUUUUUUAGGCUAAACAAAUCAAAAAUGUUUGGACUUUGUUUUGGCUCCAAGUCAGAAUGAAGACCUAUCUUGAAAAUUCCAUUCGAAAAUAGAAGAGGUUUGGAAAUUGUACAUAGUUAGAGAAAUUCAACAACUUUCACAAAAGUCCUAAUCAAUGAAUAUAAAUUAUGGAACUAUCUUUGAUUAACUGUGUUUUGUAAAUAUCCGAAGUAGCUUAAAUCAAAAACUAAAAACAAACUGUCAAUAAAUCUAAAGCAAAAUUAGAAAUAACUUUUUGGAUCGCUCACGAUUCAAGUGCAAUUUCCCAAUGAAAAACUUUGAUUUAGAAUCCUAAAGCACUCUCAAUUAUUUCAAUGUUUGUCAUGUUUGUAUGUUGCUCUAAAUUUUUCCAUAAUAGUAAACAAAUAUAUUAUAAAUAUGACUAUAAUUACUGUCUUAGAUAUCUUUGUAAGGAGAAAGAAUAAAAAAUAAUUAAGAUACACGACUUUCAGAAUAAAAA